UCUUGCAGCAGUAGUAUUGGAUCCACGACAUAAACUUGAGUAUUUUGAAGCACUUGGUUGGUCAUCACGACUUAUAACUCAAAUUAGAGAUAUCAUAAGUGAUAAGUAUGAGAUAAAAUAUGCAUCUGUACAAGACAUAGUUGAUACAAUUAAAGAAUCAUCUGAAACAAAUAUAUUGUCACGAAUUUACAAACGACUACGUAUUGGAAAACAGAGUGAAUUAGAUAUAUAUUUAUUUGUACCAUCAGUUGAUUCAAGUGUUCCGAGCGAACAAGUCUUUAGUAUUAGUGGUGAUAUGGUAACUAAUAAGCGGAAUCGGUUAUCUG